AGGACUGUAUAAAAGUUCUCCAGAAGAGAUUCCCUGAGAGUAAACGGGUUGGUAGGCUGGAGGCAAUGUUGCUUGAAGCAAAAGGAUCAUGGGAUGAAGCGGAAAAGGCCUACACAAGCUUUUUAGAGGAUAAUCCUCUUGAUCAAAUCAUCCACAAGAGGAGGGUAGCUAUGGCAAAGUCACAGGGCAACAUUUCGGUGGCUAUUGAAUGGCUUAAUAAAUAUCUAGAAACAUUCAUGGCAGAUCAUGAUGCAUGGAGAGAACUUGCAGAAUUAUACAUCUCCCUGCAAAUGUACAAACAAGCUUCAUUUUGCUAUGAAGAAUUAAUUAUAUCUCAACCUACUGUUCCACUCUUCCACUUGGCCUACGCUGAUGUACUCUAUACGCUUGGUGGGUUAGAAAACCUCCAGACUGCUAAGAAAUACUAUGCAUCCGCUAUAGACUUGACGGGAGGCAAGAAUACCCGGGCACUCUUUGGUAUUUGCUUGUGUACUUCUGCUAUUGUGCAGCUUACGCGAGGGAAGAGCAAGGAAGACAAGGAUAAAUCACAAGUACAAUCUCUAGCGGCCAAAGUGUUGGAGAAGGAUUAUAAGCAGAGGGCUCCUGACAAGCUUCCUCAGGUUACAACAGUCUUGAAGGGUCUAACGUUGUCUUCCUGAUGCAAGCCUUUCUCUUGAAACCUCUUGUUCUUUAGCCCACUUUUUGACGUUGACAGUGAUUAUUAGCAGCCUCAUCAACUCAUAUUUCGGAAGUACCGGUCAAUUUGGCUUGUCCGUUUUAAAAUUAAAAAACUUGUCGGCCAUACUUAAAGUGUGGACCUUCAUUGAAAGACGCAAGAUCCGAUUUUAUUUAGUUCUAUGCCUUCUAAUGUCCUGCGUCCAUGUUCUGUUUUUUAUGAUAAUGUUUGACAGAGAAUACUGACCCUUAUUAUGUGCGAGUACUGUAUGAAAGGGUCCUACUGAUAUGAAUCAUCUCGGUUAAUGAUCGGUUCAAGGCCUCUCUGGUCCUUUGUGGCGGAUUAUUAUCUGAA